AUGCAGCUCACCACCCUCCUCGCCCUCGCCACCGCGGCCGUCUCUCCCGCCCUGGCAGCCACUGUCCCCAGCACCGUCGGCGCCGCCAUCGUCAACAACAAGUGCGGUUUCCCCGUCACUCUCUGGUCCGUCGGGUCCACCGUCUCGGCGCCCGUUGCCCUCAAGGCCAGCAGCGGUUCCUACAGCGAGAAAUUCGUUAAGGACCCCGUCACAGGCGGCAAGGCUUUGAAGAUCACCACCACCUCCGACGGCCUGUACACGGGCGCUCCCGAGCUCAUCUUCGCGUACUCGCUUGAUGGCGAUAACAUCUGGUAUGAUCUGUCCAGCGUCUUUGGAGACGCGCUCAAGGGCCAUAAGGUCCGUGUUGAGGGCAAGGGUACCGGAAGCUGUGGAGCUAUUGAGUGGGCUCAGGGAACGCAGCCGGCUGGAAGCCAGACGAAGGUGUGUGGAAGUAAGGGGGAUGUUGUUUUGACUCUUUGCGCUUAA